GAUCUGCGGUGCAGCUGAGGCAGUGCUGUGGCUCGCUUUUGUGUUGUCAAUUUGUCAUUAGUAGUGGAUAGAUUACAACGUGCAAAGGUAGUGUAGUGAUUUCGUGAUUGACAACGUACAGAUUGGUAUUUAGUAGUUAAGCGAUUGAUUCGGUUUCCUUUGCUUUUGAUCGGACUAUCAAGUGGCUUUUAUGUUUGCGAAUAUGAGAGAAAGGGAGGAAUUUACAAGGGGCUAUCCUUCGGGUCAGCCGAUACAAGGACCAUCACCCGGAGCUCUAGGGUUGGACGCUCUGCACAAUCUUUGCAGGGAGAUUUAUCCCGAGCAAAGCAACCCCCUUACGGUCACAGCAAUCGUGAAAUACUGGUUGGGCGGGCCUGAUCCUCUAGACUACAUUAGCAUGUACGAGAACCCUGGAUGCCCUGAGCUAGGGGUGCCGCCUCACUGGCAUUAUGUUAGUCUCGGCUUAUCAGACUUACAUGGAGAUGGGCGGUUGCAUCCCAAAAGUGGUCCAGGACGAUCCAGCGGGUUUGGAUUUGAACUAACGUUUAGAUUAGUUCGGGCAAGAGGUGAGACAACUCCGCCAACAUGGCCUGCCAAUGUGAUGCAGCAGCUGGCGAAGUAUGUUUUUAAUUCUGGUAAUAUGCUAUUACCUGGCGAUCAUGUGUCAUGGCAUGCGCCACUUGACAAUGGUCACGGAAAAAUAACUCAGAUACUUAUGGGCCGAGAUCCACAACUACCAACCUCAGCUUCCACUCCUCAUGGAGAGGUCACAUUUGUGCAAAUAGUAGGUGUCACUUCUGAAGAGUUACAAGCUGCGCAACAUUGGAAUGGCUUAGGUGUUGUAAAUCUACUAAAAACUACCCGAAGUUAUGGGCCAUGGCUAGUCACUGACAUGGCAAGAACAUACUCCGUAAUGGAAGAGGAUCCUUCACUUGCCGAAAGAAUACAGUGUGGAAUAGAAAGAGAAGGGUCCAAUUUGAGUGGAGUAUCCGCUAAGUGCUGGUGGGUACAAAUGGCUAGUGAUAGGAGUACCGAAAGGUACAGAGAGCCAAAAAAUGACUCUGAGGAUGAGGAUGAUGAUAUCAAACCGACCAUAAAAACCGAAAGGUUAUCUCCUUUCGAAAAUAACUCAAAUUAUGAGGAUGAGAACGGAGUCAAAACAUUACCUGGAAUACAUUUAACCUUCAACUUAGAGGCUGGUGGUUUGCUACCCCUGGCAAUCAAGGGCCGGGUAAUGCAUGGCAGGCAUUUUACUUUCAAAUCUAUUUUGUCCCACGCUGCAGUUACAAUAGUCGCUCCCUCCGUUACUGGUACAUUGGUCACUGAAGAUAAGCCUUUUGUCGUCCAAGGACCUUGGCUACAAGUCUUGUUAACAGAAGAUCUUGCUGAGAAAAUGGCCCAGGAAUUUCAAAUUCUGAAUUCGCCUGACCAGCUUCAGCUACCAAAAACCUUCUCAUGGCCAGAGCAUAAGUUAGCCGUCACAAUUGUAAACGACUGAUGAACGACUAACGAAGCAGAAGGGAUCACAUACUUUAACUUAAGUUAAUUUAAUUUAGUUACGCAGUAAAUAUCAGAUCUAGUAGAUCAUGCUUUUAUUAUUUAUAAUGCAAUUUAAAUAUCACAUGUAAGUAUAAUUUGUCUUCACUUUUAUACCUACUGUUUAUCCAAGUAUUAUCUCAUGUUAUUAGGUCACAAAAAUUUAAUUUAUUCCUAUGCACAUGUACGUUGAAACUCAUUCAUAAUUAUUUCUGUUUUACAUAUACGAAAGAUGUAACAAACAAUCAUUUUUAUAUAUUUUAACAAUUAUUUAGAUAUUUUGUAUAUUACUAGAGAAAAUUGUACACGGCACAGAAUAUCUGUAAAUAAUUUUUAAUGAUAACUGACUGUUAGUUCUUCGUCGAAGAGUUUGCACAGCGCAUAUCCGACUCGACGUCGCAUGCAGGUUGUUUGAAUCAGGAGGAGUAUCAAUGCCGAUGAUGGUAGUUGAGAGGCAAUAGAGCAAUUUUAUGGCUCCAAGCGCACUAUUAUGUGUAAAUAUCAGAAUCUAAUUUUUUUAAAUGGCCAUUGUUAUCUCUUGUAUCUUUUUACACUCGUUGUAUAAUAUACCUAUUUAUAUUUGAAUAAAAUAACGCAAAGUUAUGGACUUUA